GUAAAAGACACCAUUGGCUACGAUACUUUGGGGCACUGUUUCUUCCUCGAAGACGGGACAGAGCAACGCAACACCUUUUAUCACAACUUGGGCCUUCUCACGAGGUCGGGGACGAUCUUGCCUUCGGAUCGCAAUGAGGCUAUGUGCCUUGCCAUCCGCAGCCACGUCUAUGGGAAUUACGUUCCUGUGCCAAGCACCGACUGCAUGGCUGUCAGCACAUUCUGGAUUGCAAAUCCGAACAACAACUUAAUAGAGAAUGCAGCAGCUGGUGCUCAGGAUGUCGGCAUAUGGUACAUCUUCCACCGGGUUCCCACUGGACAGUCCGAGGGGCAAUAUCCAGAGGGACAAGCAGAACAUACCCCCUUGGGAGUAUUUUACAACAACAGAGCCCACUCCAAUUUCAAGGCUGGUUUGUUUAUUGGAAAGGGAGUAAAGACAACGAGAGCCAGCGCUGAAGAUCCCAGAGAAUAUCUCAGUGUCGAUAAUGCCAGGUUUCGCCCACAUCGAGAUGCUGAUCCUGAAAAGCCGCGAGUUCCUGCCGUGAUUGAUGGUCUUAUUGCUUUUAAAAAUAAUGACCACGGGGCCUGGGCCAGGGGCGGCGACAUUAUUUUCCGCAACUCGGGGUUUUCAGACAAUGGAAUUGGACUCACUCUGGCAAGUGAUGGGACUUUCCCAACAGAUGAAGGCUCCAGCCUGGAGGUUACACGCUCCAUUUUUGUUGGAGAAAGCAGCAACUUCGGCUCUCAGGGAGGUCAAAACAGCUACUGGGGAAAAGGGGCAAAUGGAGAAUACAGAACACUGCCCAGAAACAAGACAUUUCCUAUUCGUGGAUUCCAGAUUUAUGAUGGGCCUGUCAGGAUGGCAAAAUGCACUUUCAAAAAGUUCAACCCAACUGUUGACAGAUACUCAAGUGCCAUUGGGUUCUUCAUGAAAAACUCCUGGCAGAUAAGCCCCCAGAAUAAUGUGUCACAGAUCCUGAUGGAGAAAAGUGUUGGACUAAAAGUGUUUUUUGGCAGAUCAGGCCAGUGGUUUGGAAACAAUGAUAAUGAUGGUGACAAAAUGUCUAUCUUCCACGAUCUGGACGGCUCCGUGACAGGGUAUCGAGACACUUUCAUAGGCAGAGCGGACAACUACUUGUUGCGUCAUCCCGGGUGUCUCACUGUCCCACGCUGGAAUGGGGUGAUGUGCACCGGGAAGUUUGCCCAGCUUUAUAUUCAGGCCAGACGCCCUGAGAAUCUGACCUUAUCCAUUGCCAGAGCAGCAUACCAUUCCCAUCCCUUGCGGCUGCAAGGCGUGAACAGAGGAGCACCAUACCAGCAGUACCAGCCCGUCGUCAUGCUCGAGCAGGCUUAUAUCAUCCAGUGGGACGGCAGAGCACCUGAGGAUAUUAUCCUGUACCCGAUCAACUUCAACAGAGGAGACUGGCUGCGCGUUGCCCUCUGCUAUCCCAGGGAAGCCGUUUUCCAGGUGGUGGCGGAUAUCUACCAGCGACGGACAGGGACGGUGCACAGCGUGAAGCACUACCUCGCCGCUCCUUCCCGGGCCAGCGCUCUCAACGGGACCAGCGAGCGGCUCUUCUACUUUGACCGAGCAUCGGG